GGUCGCGCCGCGCAAUACAGGUGGUGCCGGCAACACCUGCUCCGACCUCCACCACUUGUCGCCCAGCUUGAUAAUAUAAUAUAUAGCUGUUGUCGACGCUCUAAUAUGAGGGGAGUAAACUUUUUAUCACGCUCAAUCCCAACUGCUCAAUACAGUACGCCUAUUGACCUCGACAACUAUGUCCUCCGAACGCGUUUCAACGAUGCCUGUUUCGGAUGAAUUUAAAGGCCUCACUCUCGUGGAUGUUACGCCCAAACUAGAGAAAAUCUGGAUUAAAUACCCUAGGCUAGUCCAGCUGAAUUUGCUUUUGCUCUGCGCUUUCCUUGGCCAGACUGCGACAGGUUACGAUGGGAGCAUGCUAAAUGGUAUGCAAGCUCUUCCGCAAUGGCGAGAGUACUUCGGUUCUCCUAGCGCUGGGAAACUCGGGGCCAUGGUCAACGGUGUUGCCUUUGGUGUUUUAAUUUCUCUCACAUUCUCAUCUCAGCUAUGUGAGAAGAUUGGAAGACGGUACCCCAUUACCAUUGGCACCUCGAUUAUCAUUGUCGGCUCUAUAUUGCAGACGGCGGCCGUUCAUUAUGGCAUGUUUAUCCUCGGUCGCUUCUUGAUUGGUAUCGGAGGUGGUCUUGUGGCCGUUGCGGCGCCGCAAUUAAUGAUGGAGUGUGCAUAUCCAUCACACCGUGGAAAGUUGGUUUCUCUGUAUAUGACCCAAUGGCCUGUGGGAUAUCUGAUUGCUGCAUGGACCACCUAUGGCACUUUCAAGCUCCAAUCCUCGUGGAGCUGGCGCCUACCCAGCAUGCUGCAGAUUGUUCCGUCCGUCAUUCAGUUGAUCCUGAGCUUUUUCGCCCCCGAAUCGCCCCGUUGGCUGAUAUACAAUGAUCGAACCGACGAGGCUAUCGACAUGAUAGCCAAGUAUCAUGCCAAUGGGGAUCGUAAUUCUCGCCUGGUCCGGUUUGAAGUAGCAGAAAUCCAAAUUGCUCUUAAUCAAGAGAAGGAACAGAAGGCGAUGCAGUGGAGUGAAUUCGUUCGCACUCCCGGCAAUCGACGCCGCCUUUUUAUCCUCAUCUUCGUCGGCUACAUGACCCAGUGGUCUGGCAAUGGGCUGACAAGCUAUUAUUUACCCAAGGUCCUCAACUCUAUCAAUAUCACAAAACCUGAGACGCAACUAUUGAUCAACGCUUUAAUAGCAGUCUUUAAAGUUGGCUGCUCUAUUGUCAGCGCGCUGUUGAUCGACCGGGUUGGACGUCGUGGACUCAUACUCUUCGGAACUACCACCAUGUUUCUCGUGUUUAUCAUAUGGACCGUCUUGUCCGCCCUUAACCAAGAGCAAAAUUUCCACAACAAGAGUUUAGCCUCGGCCGUCGUCGCUAUGAUCUUUAUUUUUCAACUCGGAUAUCAACCCGUUGGCGCCUCCGCCAUCGUCUAUGUCAUCGAAUCUGCGCCAUUCUCCCUUCGGGCCAAAACCUCGAUGAUUUUCCAAUUAUGCGCUUACACCGCAAGUGUCUUCAACAACUUUGUCAACCCCAUUGCCAUAGAUGCUAUCAAAUGGCGGUACUAUAUUGUAUAUUGCGUCAUUUUGGCGUUUGAGAUAACCAUCACUUUCUUCUUUCUGCCAGAAACCAAGGGCCGGGGUCUCGAGGAGAUUGCAGAAAUUUUCGAUGGUCCCGCAGCCGCAAUUACUGUUCAAGCCGAAAAAGCUAGCGAAUUGGGUCAUGAUAGAGGUUCAAGUGACUCUCAGAAAGGUGGUCAGGCUAUCAACCAUCUGGAAGUAGUUCAAGGGACAAAGACUGUUUAAUUUAGGCUAUUCUAUGGGUUAAUGCCCGACCUCUUAUAUGAUUCUCACUAUGUGCUCUUUAAUUAAACGCUACUGCUG